CUGUCAUACAAGAUAGAUCGAUAGAAGCAAGAUAUAUUCACACUCUGAUUUUGGGUACGUUACUAGUUCGCGCCAUUUUUCGGCUGUUUACGGCACACUAUCUGCUGUUUGCCAAUUUAAGACCGUCCCACAUGAAUCGAGUUCUUGGCAAAGUAAGUUUUGUGUUUCGGUCCAAUUUGGUUAAAAUUAAACCAGUUAACAUAAAUAGUAAUAAAAUGGUGUCGGUGGAACAGGUUGUUGAAAAUAAUAAACGCAGUUUGGAAAUUAUUGAAUCUCUGAAGAACGAGCUUCAAGCAAUACGUGGUGAACUUAUCGCUCGUAAAAAAAAGGAGCUGGUAAACGAAAAUGCUGCACUGAAGAAAAAAGUUGAACUGGCUAGAAGUCAGUUGAUUGCAUUGGAAACAAAGAACGGAAAAAUACAAAUUACGGUACCAGGAGCCCGUUCAAUGUGUACAAAUGCAAGCGGCGAAAACGUUCCUCCACCACCAGCAGCAGCAGCAGCAGAUAAAGAACCAAAGGCACCAAAAGAGAAGAAAGCCAAAAAGGAGAAGCCAGAAGGCGCCAAAAAAGAUGCAGCUUCAGUGGCCGCAGCCACAGAAUUGCCCAUAGAUGUUGGACGUUUGGACAUGCGUGUUGGUAAAAUUAUUGAAGUUGGUCGUCAUCCCGAUGCAGACAGUUUAUAUCUUGAGAAAAUCGAUUGUGGCGAAGAACAGCCUCGUACUGUAGUAUCGGGCCUGGUUAAAUAUGUUCCUUUGGAAGAAAUGCAAAAUCGAAUGGUUGUUGUUCUAUGCAAUCUCAAACCUGCCAAAAUGAGGGGUGUCACCUCAGAAGCCAUGGUUAUGUGUGCCUCAACUCCUGAAAAAGUUGAGGUCUUAAGUCCACCUGCUGGGGCGGUACCCGGUGAUUUAGUGCAUUGCGAAGGCUACAACCGACAACCUGACGCACAAAUGAAUCCCAAAAAGAAGAUUUUUGAAACUUGUGCACCAGAUCUAAAGACCAACGAUGCAUUGAUUGCGUGUUAUAAAAAUGCUCCUCUACAUGUACCUGGAAAGGGAAAUAUUGUCGCUCAAACUCUAAAAAAUGUUCAAGUAAAGUAGAAACUUUUAUGGAAUUUUUUAUUGUGCAUGUUCUAAAAAUGUAAAGACCUUAUUCAUUCACAAUUUA